AUGUCGCCGGUUCCACUCACUUCCACCGCCGACAUUGCUGCUGUCGCACAGCUAGUUGAACCACCCCAGAUCCCCCCGCACCGCUCGCACGAUCCUUCCAACAACCUCAAACGCAGCGACCCUUUCCAAUUCGGCUCCCGUUACCUCGAGCAAGGCGACGACGUCUUUGAGUUUAAUGCCUGGGACCAUGUAGAACCCGAUGAGGAAUACAAGAACUACGCCGAACUCCAGUACGCAAAGCAGCGCGAAGCACCCGUCUCGGAUUUCGACAAACACCGCUUCAACUCCGACCCGGCCAAAUGGUGGAACUUAUUCUACAAGAACAACACGGCUAAUUUCUUCAAGGACCGCAAGUGGCUGCGCCAGGAGUUCCCCAUUUUGGAAGAGGUAACUCAGAAGGAUGCGGGGAAGAAGGUUGUUCUCGAAGUGGGCGCCGGAGCGGGCAAUACGGCCUUUCCGUUGCUGGUGAAUAAUGAGAACGACCAACUGAUGAUUCACGCGUGUGACUUUUCCAAGGUUGCUGUUAAUGUUAUGCGCGAAAGCGAGCACUACAACCCCGAGCACAUUGUGGCGGACGUAUGGGAUGUCACUGCUGAGGGUGAUGGCUCUCUUCCACCAGGUCUCACUGAGGGCUCGGUGGACGUCGUCAUCCUUAUUUUUAUCUUCUCCGCCCUCGCGCCUAGUCAAUGGAACCAAGCUUUGCACAACGUCUACCGCGUCUUGAAACCGGGGGGCCGGGUUCUGUUCCGUGAUUAUGGCAGGGGAGACCUUGCUCAGGUGCGAUUCAAGAAGGGCAGAUACUUGGAUGAAAACUUCUACGUUCGAGGCGACGGGACGCGGGUGUACUUUUUUGAUAGGGAUGAACUCGUUCACAUGUGGAGCAAGUGGACGCCGGAGAAGGGUUUGCAGUUUGAAAGCAAAGAGACGGGAGCAAACAAUGGCGAGGAAUCUGCUAAGCUUACAGCCGCCGAAAAAGACACCGAUGGUGUCUUUGAGAUCCUUAAUCUGGGCAUCGAUCGCCGCUUGGUGGUUAAUCGACAGAUGAAGCUGAAAAUGUACCGCUGCUGGAUGCAAGGGCAUAUGAGAAAACGGGAUGACAGAUCCGCAACUGUUAAGGAUGAGAAGAGCGAGUCGUGA